AUGUUCUGGCGGACGUCGCGGUUCGAGCUCGCGGCGGCGCGAGAUCUGUCCAUGAGGGACGUCUUCCGCCGGCCGCUGGCGCCGCCCCACGCCCAGUUUGAGCCGAUGCUGGCCAGCUCGCCCCACCUGGCCGAGGCCUUGCAGAAGGUGACCACAGUCGCACAACUCGUCCUGCUGGUGCCCACAGGCGGCAGCCAGGGACCCAGCGGCAGCGGCGGCGGCACGGGCGACGGGCAGACAGGGGCGGCGGAGGCGGAGGCGGCGGCGGCGGCGCAGGGUGCGGGUGGCGCCCCGCCGCUGGUGGUGGUGAACACGCAUUUGUUCUUCCACCCGUUUGCGCCGCACAUCCGGUCGAUGCACGUGGCCGCGAUGCUGGAGGAGGCGGCGGCUGCCAUGCAGGAGUGGGCGGCGGCGCCGGGCCUGCAGCCGCUGCUUGCGGGCCGCGGGCCGCCGACGCCGCUGUUUGUGGGGGACCUGAACAGCGACCUGAACGAUGGUAUCCCCGGGGUGGUUGAGCUGCUGCGCAGCGGGCGGCUGCCCGCGGACUACUGGGACUGGCGGGAGGGGGCGGCCUUCAGGCGCGUUGGCGUGCUCAUGCGCUUCUGUGUAUGGGGCAAAGAAGAGGGGGAGUAUGCCGAAGAGCAGCAGCAGCAGCAGCAGCAGCAGCAGCAGCAGCAGCAGCAGCAGCAGCAGCAGCAGCACGAGCAGCCCACCCUCCCGCUCCGCGACGGCCACGACUUCGACCCCCCCGCCGCCAGCCCCUCCGCGCCGCUCGAGGCGCCCUCCUCCGCCGCGCACGGCGUGGACCUCACCGCUCCCUUCGCGCUCGCCAGCGCCGACGCCCUGGCCACGCCCUACACAAACUACACCAGCGGCUACAAGGCGCUCCUGGACUAUGUCUGGCACGACCCACAGGUGCUGGCGGUUUCCCGGCAGCUGCCCUGCCCGCCCCCGCAGCUUCUCGGCGGCUUUGUGCCGUCGCCGCGCUUCCCGUCGGACCACCUGGCGGUGGCGUAUGACCUCGUGCCGCGCGCUGCCGCAGAGGCGGCCGCGGCCGCGGCCGCGGCCAGGGUCGCCAACACGGCCGCGGCCAACGGCGGGUGCCAGGUGCUGCCAGCCCUGCCCGAGCGCGCGGCGGGCGCCGCGGCGGCGCUGAGAAGCGGCGGCGCGGCGCUGCUGCCGGCGGGCACGGGGUACGCCGCCGCAGCGGACGCCGCGAGCCCUGAGGGCGCGCGGCGGCUGGCCGCCUUGCGGGGUGGCAGCGGCGAGGGGAAGAAGCGCGCGGCCGUGCUCGCGGUCGCGGACUGCGCUGAUGUGGCGCGAUACUGCCAGGUGGACGGCCUGCCCGCCGGCCUCCUGGGGUCGCUCAUCCCAGGGCCAGUGACCGUGCUGCUGCCUCUGGCGGAGGGCGCACCACUCGCCCCAGAGCUGCUGCAGCUGCUGCUGCCGCACGGUGGCACGGGCAAGGCUCGCGCCGCCACCGCCGCUACGGUUAUCGGUGUGCGCGUGCCGCAAUGCGAGUUCACAAGGGCCGUGGCGCGGGAACUCGGCGGCGCGCUGGUGCUGGUGAGCGCUGUCGACAGCAGCAGCGACGGCAGCGGCGGCGGUGGCGGCGGCAGCAACAGCAGCGGCAGCGGCAGCGGCAGAGGGCAGGAGGCGCUGGAGCUGUUGGAAUGCGGGGACGACCUCUUGGCGAUGUGCUCUGUGGCAUACGACGGCGGCCGCCUGUCCGCGCCCAGCCGCGACGGGCCCACAGUUGUAGACCUCAGCACUCUGGCGGCUGGCGCUCCGCCGGCCAGCAAAGACGACAACAGCAUCAGCGGCAGCGGUAGCAGGCAGUACAAGAUAUUGCAAGAGGGGGCCGCGGGUGGAGGCGUGGCGGCCAUCCUGCAGGGGUGCUUCGGCCUCGCGCGGAUGUAA